AUGGAUGAAAAUAAGAUGAAGGAGGCUUGUGAUUUGUUAAAUUAUCAUAAAUUAUUCAGGAGAACACCAAUCAUGAAUGCUGAGAAAAUAAUAAAUUUGCCCACAUACGUUGAACUAUGGUUUAAGUUAGAAAAUAUGCAAAAUACAGGUUCUUUUGAAAUAAGAGGAGUGAUAAAUCAGGUCGAAAAUAUUGAUAAAAAGGGUAAAUUCAAAAAAAUUCUGACUAUUUCUCAAGGAAACAUUAACUAUGCUAAAGCUUUAUCCUUAAUUUCUAAGCAAUAUGAACGAUCUCGUCCAUUAAUACUUUUAUCAGGAUAUUUCUCUAGAAAUGCAUAUAAAAUUAUAGAGAAAUUGGGAUUAGGGAUUGAAUUUGUUGAAAAAGGAAUGUUACAAGAAACCAUUGAUUCUUAUUUAGAGGAGAAUAACAUGAUAUUUUUGCACCCAUAUGAUGAUUAUAAUUUGAUAGCUGGCUAUGCAAGGUUACUUAUAAAAUUACUUAAGACAGCGGUCAAAAACGAGUCCCUAUCCCUCAAACAAAAAAUUCAAUUCGAAAUGUUAAAAGGGAACUACAAAUGUUUCUUCGAAACACUCCCUUUUCCCUCCAAAACAUGA